AUGUUGAGAAAGCAAGCGUCUUCUUCCUCCUUCAGCACGGACUAUCAGAACCUUGAACAAGAAGAAUUGGGAAGCCGGCUGGGAAACCAAGGCGGGAGGCGCCAGUCCGCGGUUUACUGGGAAGACGCUUCCGCUUCAGAGUUCGGGGUCAACGUGAACGGAAGGGGCACGGACGACGAUACGGACAAUCUUGGCUAUGUGCACCGCUUCCCGGACCUCCUCAAGCGCUGGGAUGAUGUGGACGGCGAUCGCGGCACAUGGUACGAAAAGAUGAAGCGCCGCCUCCUGCGGGUGGAGAUGGAGAGGCGUCGGUCCGAGGAUAUGCGUAGGGAAAGAGAAAGGACGGGAAAAACGGCCGAUGACAUUCGGGCUGCGUCGUCCCGAUCCCGGCUGGCCCACGCGGGCUUCCGGCGCCCCCCGGAGCGGAUGGCGUCCAUUAUGCGCGUCGGCGGGGGAGGGGUCGGGGAGGACUGCGCCGACGACUUCGCUGCAGACAGGUCGAAGGAGGCGCCAGCCCUAGGAAGACUCUCGGAAGGGCGACAAGCCCCGCAGGGAGGCUUGGAGACUCCCAUUGGCUCACCGCCGGUCUUGUCCGGUAGUGGCGACGCUCCGGCUGGUAAUGGCGGCGGUCGCGCGAGGCUGAACGCUGGGCAGUGGUUCGCCCGCGAGGAGCGGAAGGCUAUCGACGCCUACAUACAAGACCGAGAGCUUGAGGUGGUGGUGAUUCUCGAGGGCACGGACACUUCCACCGGCAGCACGGUCCAGGCUCGGCACUCAUACUGCUGGGAAGACAUUCUGUGGGACAGAACGUUCGCGUGCUGCGUCACGCGGGGCGAGGACGGUGCCUGUGAGGUGGACUUCUCCAAGUUCCACGACACGCUCCGGGCCCCCGCCAAUUGUGACGAUCACGGCUUUAUCCAGUCGUACGCCUGA